AAUUAUAAUAAGAAUAAAAUAUGAAAAUUACUGCAAUAUUAUUUAUAUUAAUCUUAAUCUAAAAUACUCUUUCUAGAUUUUUAAGAGUUUAACGUUUUAGUGAUAUAUUAGCAUCCUUCCAAAAACAUCCAAAUAAACUAGCAACAGCAUUAAUAUCAUCCUUUGAUGAUUGUAAAAACUGUGAAAUAGCCCACUAGUCCUAUAUAUCCUAUGCUUUAUAAAAUGAAGAUAUGGUAAAUGCAUUUUUAGUGGAUUGUUCUGAAUUAUGGCAAUUCUAAGAUGAUAGAGAUAGAUUACCUUCCUGUGAUCCUGAAUAAAAAUAACAUUUGCCUCAUUUUGUUUUUUUCUAACCUGGACUUAAUAAAAGAUUACCGAAAAGUAUUCCCUAUGAAGGUAUUCUUAGUCCAGAUGCUAUAUAAGCAAAAACAAAAGAAUACAUGCCAAAUUUUAUUAAAGAUAUCUCUAGUGUGAAAUAACUAAACUAAUUUUUAUCCAAUACAUAAAUAUAAGCAAAAGCAUUAAUUUUCGUUAAAGAUUAUGAAGAUAUUCCUAUGUAAUAUAUAGCUUUAUCUGGUGCAUAUAAAGGUCAAAUUGAAUUUGGUUCUUUUGAUUUAAAUACAAAAAAUAUAUAUUAAAAAUAUAAUAUUACUAAUCUUCCUUCUUUAGUUUUUGUCACAAAUGAAGAAAGCUAAGGAAUUUUAUAUUAAGAUGAGUUAGACUAUCAUAAAAUUAAUGAAUUUUUAAACAAUGAAUAUACUAAAGGAAAUUUCGAAGUAAAAAAAAUAAAUAAAAAAGAAAAGAAAAAAGUCUUUUUUGAUGUUUCUAAUGAAGUUGUUGUAAAUAAAGCCAAUUUCGACCAACUUUAAAAUAUAUUGAAAAAAAAUAAAGAAAAUUUAGUCUUAAUUCAUUUAUAUAAAGAAGAAUAUAAAACAAAUAAAAUUUUUUAAUAAAUAUAAAACGAUUUUAAAAAUGUAUUUGUUUAUUAUGAAAUAUAAUGCUUUGAAGAUUUAUGUGAAUAAGAAUUUAAAAAAAUCUAAUAAUUUCCAACCGUAAUAUUAUAUGGUUUAAAAAAAACUCCCUCUGACAGAUGGGCAAUAGAUAAAUACGAUUAAACAUAAUUUUCUUAUGAUUUAAUAGAAAAUGUUUUAAAACCAUCAUUUUAUAACGAAAAUUUAGUAAAAAGUGAAGAUUAACUUAGAUAAGAAAUGUAAAAAGGAGUAAAAGAAAAAAAAUUUACUGUUUAUUAUUUCUUGGAUAUAAAUGAUGUUUAUAAUAGAGCUAUAUGCCUAUAUAUUAGUACACAUAGAAGGUUUAGAAAACAUUUACAUUUUGUGACUUUUUUUAAUCCUUUAGAGGCUUCUUAAGAUUUAUGGGGAGCUCGAUAAGGCUUACCUUACGUAGGAGCAGUAAUGGAAAUAUUGGAAGAAGGAACAAAUUAUAAAAGAUAACCCUAUGAAUAUAAUGAAAUAAAUUAUUCUAAUUUAAUUGAUUAUUUUAAUAUUUUGUGUAAUAUUAAGUUAGAUAAAUUCAUUAUUAAUAAUCCUAUUUAAGAAAUAAAAACUUAUGAAGAUUAUGAAAAUAUUUGUUAGAAAAAUAGUAAAGUGUGUAUUCUUGGAAUCUUUAGUGGGUUAAAAUAGGGAAAAUUAAAAAACGAUUUGGAUGUUUUGUAGGAAGUUAGAACCGUAUAUUAUGAUAAAGAUUAUGAUUUUACAUAUAUAGAUGGAACUUGUCAUAUAGAAAUUCUUAAAUCUUUCAAACUUUAAUAAAAUUAAUUGAAUACUGUUAUUUAUAUAGAUUAAGAUAGAAAAAAAUAUGCAGUUUUAAAUGGUUAAUUUAAUUUAAAUUCUAUUUCUGAAUUUAUAGAAAAAAUUAAUAAUAAAAAAUUAACUUAAUUUGCAGAAGAUAUCGAUAUAGAUGAUAGAGAUUGUGAAAGCUUUAAUAAAGCUAAUUAAGAAAAAAAAUAAUAAGAAUAAUAAUAAUAAUAAAAAAGGAAAAACAAAAGAAAAGAUGAAUUAUGAUUUUUUAAUAUAUAUAAAUAUAUAUAUAUUGUACUUUCCUUUUUAUAAAAAAUAUGAAUUUUAUAAAUAUUAUAUUAAAAAUAAAAUAUAGAAAAAAAUAAUUAUAAAUAUUAUUAAU